AUGAGAGCGGAACUCGAGUCCAGUGCUUCCCUUUGGUAUAUACUCACCGGAAUAAUUACGCCAGUACGGGAGGAUGACCGUUCAAACGAGAGUGGUGUGACUGAGAGUAAAAGGGGAAUAACUUCAGCAAAUUCCGGGGUCUUUUGUUCAACAGACAACCGAAGGUACCCCUUGUGUCUUCUAAAGCAUGAUCGAUCGUCACAACCAGGACACUUACUGGGUCGCGGUUCGAUGAGUCGGGCACACCAAUCACAUCGCUCAAGUGUGAACACGUUCGCCUGUUCAGACGUGUGA